AUGGACGAACCCACGCUCAUCUCGGCCACGACGGUCUUCUCGCUGUUGCUGACGGUGCUCCUGCUCGUGGGGGCAUACGGUCUCUCGCUCGCACUACUACCGUCGACCUCGACUACCAAAACCCGCGUCAUCUACAUCUGGCACAUCUUCGACUCUUUGACGCACUUCGUGCUCGAGGGUAGUUUCCUAUACUACUCGCUGACGACCUCCUCCACGGUGCGCUCCAGCGCCGUACCCACACUGUACGGCGACGCGGCCAUCAGCUACGGCACGAAGUUCUCGACCGCUCCGCUGGGCAAGCUGUGGAAUGAGUACGCGAAGGCGGACCGGCGGUGGGGUGAGGCGGACGUGGGCAUCGUGUGCAUCGAGCUGGUGACCGUGCUGCUUGCGGGCCCGGCGGCGCUGUGGGUCGCUGGCAUGGUGAGGCGCGGGGAGGGGAGACGAUGGUUCUGGAUCGCGGUGUUGGCUACCGCCGAGAUCUAUGGUGGUUGGAUGACUUUCGCGCCGGAGUGGAUCGCCGGGAAUCAUAACCUCAUGACGCAUAAUUGGAUGUAUAAGUGGCUCUAUCUGGCGUUCUUUAACGGGCUGUGGGUCGUUAUUCCCGGCUGGCUGCUGUGCGAGGCGUACUGGAACAUGGUGCCGGCGGUCGAGAUGAGGCAGCAGCAGGAACUGGACGCGGGGAAGAAGAGGGUCUAG